AUGAACUAUAUGGACUUUGUGCAGAGACAUAUAGACACAAAAGCUGAUAUCACAGUAUCUUGUGUACCUAUGGAUAAUAGCCGUGCAUCAGAUUAUGGGCUGAUGAAAAUUGAUCCGACAGGAAGAAUUGUUCAGUUUGCGGAGAAACCCAAGGGCUCAAAUCUAAAGGCAAUGCAAGUUGACACCACCGUCCUUGGAUUAUCUGCACAAGAAGCGGAAAAAUACCCUUACAUUGCAUCAAUGGGUGUUUAUGUCUUUAGAACUGAGACCUUAUUGAAACUAUUGAGAUGGAGCUUUCCUUCAUGCAAUGACUUCGGAUCUGAAAUUAUCCCUUCCGCUGUGAAGGACCACAAUGUCCAAGCAUAUUUGUUUAAUGACUACUGGGAAGACAUUGGAACUAUAAAGUCCUUCUUUGAUGCUAAUCUGGCCCUGACAGAACAGCCUCCCAAGUUUGAAUUUUAUGAUCCAAAGACGCCUUUCUUCACUUCUCCAAGAUUCCUACCACCCACUAAAGUUGAAAAUUGCAAGAUUGUGAAUGCAAUUAUUUCUCACGGCUGCUUCUUGAGGGACUGUAGUGUUCAACAUUCUGUUGUUGGCGUGCGCUCACGUUUAGAAUCUGCGGUGGAACUUCAGGAUACCAUGAUGAUGGGUGCAGAUUAUUAUCAAACCGAGUCUGAAAUUACAUCUCAGUUGGCAAAAGGGAAGGUUCCAAUUGGUGUUGGAGAGAACACUAAAAUCAGGAAUUGUAUAAUCGACAAGAACGCCCGGAUUGGAAGAAAUGUGAUUAUUGCCAAUAAGGACGGAGUUCAAGAAGCCGACAGGACUAAGGAAGGAUUCUACAUUAGGUCUGGCAUUACGGUCGUACUGAAGAACGCAACAAUAAAAGACGGAACAGUCAUAUAAAUCAUUCAGAGGCGACUUCAUUGAAUGGUCCGAUGACUGAAGCUUCUGCGUUUAAUUUGCAGACAUAAAUCUAGGAAAAAGCAACAAGAGCAUACAACACAUUUGCUCGCUUGUAUAUUACGAUUUACGUUACAUGAAAUUGAACUUGCUUGUUUCUUACUAGAAUAAUAAAUUCUUUUUCUACGA